CGGAAGUAGCAGCGAGAGGUCCCAAACAGUGGCAGCUGACAGCUCUCGCUCUGUGACGCAAAUACGUCACUGAUGGCGGACAGCGCACUAGCCCAUAAACACACAACACUCGCCGAGGGACGGAGCAAAGUCACCGAGAGCCAUUCUCGCAAGCCAAUUGACCCAACUCCUGCGGGACUGAACGCGAACCUAACUGGGUGAGACCGGUAGCAGUCGUACAGUAGUUUAGUAGCAUGUGGGACGGGACGGGACCGGACCGGCGAGCAGAAGUGGAGUGAAGCGGGCCGCCUCGGGCUGACGUGCUCCCCGCAUGUUGAGCCAGCAAGUUGACGGACAUAAAAGUGGCGUCGAGGCGGAGGAGAAGAAGAAGAAGAGCCGGGCUCGGAUUUAAUAUCACUUCGCGGAAUCUUCAUUCCUGCAACUAUGAAAUUCGCCGAGCACCUUUCGUCCCACAUCACUCCAGAGUGGAGAAAACAGUACCUUCAAUAUGAGGCAUUCAAGGAUAUGCUGUAUGCAGCCCAGGACCAGGCCCCAUCUACAGAAGUCACAGAUGAGGACACCGUGAAGAGGUACUACGCUAAAUUUGAAGAGAGGUUUUUCCAGACCUGCGAGAAGGAGCUGUUGAAAAUCAACACUUUUUAUUCAGAAAAGCUUGCGGAAGCCCAGCGCCGCUUUGCCACCUUGCAGAAUGAGCUGCAGUCUUCUUUGGACGCCCAGCGCGAAAGCAACGCUCCGCCCGGUCUGCGUAAACGCAAGACCGUGUUCCACCUGUCGCAGGAGGAGCGAUGCAAACACCACAACAUCAAGGAUCUAAAGCUUGCCUUUAGUGAGUUCUACCUGAGCCUCAUCCUGCUGCAGAACUACCAGAAUUUAAACUUCACCGGUUUCCGCAAGAUCCUGAAGAAACAUGACAAGAUUCUGGAUACCUCUCGCGGAGCCGACUGGCGUGUGGCUCACGUUGAGGUGGCACCAUUCUACACCUGCAAGAAGAUCACACAGCUCAUCACCGAGACUGAGACGUUGGUGACCACAGAGCUGGAGGGGGGAGAUCGUCAGCGGGCGAUGAAGAGGUUACGUGUUCCUCCGCUUGGGGCCGCUCAGCCUGCUUUGGCCUGGACGACCUUCCGUGUUGGUCUUUACUGUGGCAUCUUCAUUAUCCUCGCCGUCGCCUUUGUCCUAACAGGCGCAGUGUUCAUCCGCUAUGUGAAUGUGUGGCCUCUGGUGCGAAUCUACCGGGGCGGGUUUCUCUUGAUCCAAUUCCUGUUCCUGCUGGGCAUUAAUACGUACGGUUGGAGGCAGGCUGGAGUCAACCACGUGCUCAUCUUUGAGAUCAAUCCUCGCAACAACCUCUCACACCAGCACCUCUUUGAGAUCGCCGGGUUCCUGGGUGUGUUAUGGUGUCUCAGUAUCUUGUCGUGUCUCUACUCGGAGUACCUCUACCUCCCCAUGCAAAUCUACCCCCUCGUCCUCUACGGCUUCAUGCUGCUCUUCCUCAUCAACCCCUUCAAGACAUGCUACUACAAGUCACGGUUCUGGCUGCUCAAGCUGCUGUUCCGGGUGUUCACGGCCCCGUUUCACCGAGUUGAGUUUGCGGAUUUCUGGCUGGCCGACCAACUCAACUCGCUGGUGGUGGUCUUGAUGGACCUGGAGUAUCUCGUCUGCUUCUACAUCUUUGAGCUGCAGUGGACCAACAGCAAGGGGCUGUUGCCCAGAACAAACGAGUCGAGUAGUUUCAUGUGCCACAGCUACUCGUACGGCCUGCGCGCCAUCAUCCAGUGUCUGCCCGCCUGGCUGCGUUUCAUCCAGUGCCUGAGGCGUUACAGAGACACCAAGAGAGCCUUCCCCCACCUGGUGAAUGCUGGCAAAUAUUCCACCACCUUCUUUGUGGUCACCUUCGCCGCACUCUACGCAACACACAGAGAGCAAGGCCACACUGACGCCGACACGUUUUUCUACCUGCUGAUCGUCUUCUCCACCAUAAGCUCGUGCUACACGCUGAUCUGGGAUCUCCGAAUGGACUGGGGACUGUUUGACCGAGGGGCCGGAGAAAACACCUUCCUCAGAGAAGAGAUUGUUUACCCGCACAAGGCCUACUACUACUGUGCCAUUUUAGAAGAUGUGAUCCUGCGUUUUGCCUGGACAAUUUCUCUCUCUUUGACCACUAUGACUAAGAUUCACUCGGUGGGCGACAUCGUGGCCACCGUGCUGGCUCCUCUUGAGGUCUUCAGGCGUUUUGUGUGGAACUUCUUUCGCCUGGAGAACGAGCACCUAAACAACUGUGGCGAGUUCCGAGCUGUGCGAGAUAUUUCGGUGGCGCCACUCAACGCGGACGACCAGACGCUGCUGGAGCAGAUGAUGGACCAAGAGGAUGGUGUCCGGAACCGCUCGGGCAAGAAGACCUGGAAGAGGUCCUACAGCCUCACGCUGCGGCGCCCCCUGCUGUCUUCUCAAUCCAAAAAGGACACCAAGGUUCUAAUUGAAGAUACGGAUGAUGAAGCCUUCAGCUGAAUCACCAGCAAGCAGCAACAUUGUCUACACACAAACACGCACUCACGCACAGGGAUAGACGUUCUUCACCAUUUUAACCUUUAGUCUAAAACUUUAAAAAUAACCUUUUCAAAAAAUGUCACUUGGCAAUGAAAAGCAUGUAUCUCCAUCUUUAUCGAAAGCGUCCAAACUUGGUGGGUUUUUCUCAUUUAAUUUUAAAACAUGGAAACAAUAGGAGUAUCUUUUUAUCUAAAAAGAGCAAAAACAAAUGAAAAAUGCCUGGAUCUCCAACUUUUGUGGAUUUUUUGUUGUGGCAUAUAAAAAUAAUAUAUUUCCAAAUUUGUGGAUUUUAUUUUGUUUUCAGCUUUAAACAAAUAUUUAGAAGAAUGUAUAGCAUGUCAACAUUUUAUGGAUUUUUUUAAACUUAAAAACCAAAAUACUGAAGAGAAUGUAUUCCUGAAUGUUGUUUUUUUUAGAAACAAAUAUUACCAAGAAUGUAUUUUCACAUUCGUGGAUUUUUUUUAAACAAAGAUGUUGACCAGAAUGUAGUCCCAUUUUUCCCCUUCUAAAAGGUAAACAAAAAAUCCAAUAUUUGUGUUUUAAAAGUAAAAGUAAAUUCAACGCAAAACAAUACCUUUAUUUUUAUUUCACAAAAUUUGGAGAUACGUGUUUUUUAUGUCUUCAGUGUUUCUGUUCAAUUUAAACAGCUAUAAAAUUGGAGAUAUUUGCUUUGUUGCUCAGUGACUAAAUCAAUGAGGGACUCAGAAAGAGGACCUUGUUCCCUCAUCCUCAUGUAAACACACACACACACACAAACACACUAUAAUGUGGCGAUACAAAUUGUUGAAGCACAAACAGUUUUAAACUCAUCUUAUAAAAAAAUCUAACCUACCAAGCUGCCAUACUUUAUCUUCCUUUUCUCUAUCCUUUCAUUUUUCUGUGCGACAAAAAAAGCAAGUAUCUCCAAACUAUUGUGUUCAUUUGAAGCCUAAAAAAACGGCAUUUUUUUCUGUUUGUAUGAAAAUGAAAACAAAUUGGAGGUAAAUAAUUUUGUUGUUGCUUGCACGGGCGACGUUUUGCUUGAUUUCUAAUCAAGUUACACCGACGACUGUUUACAUGCCUUUUUAGACUACUACUUGCAGGAUCAACAGGGACAACGACAAAAAAAAAACAAUCAAAAGACUCCAUAAACAAACCAGAGGAAGAACUCUUAACACGCAGCAUAUCAAGUCACGUCAACUACUUUGACCUCGAUGAAGAUUAUUUUAUACUUGUUUUUGUUUGUUUGUCAUUUUGUUCUUAGUUGAAAUUCAACAAGUGCUGUCGCAACACUGGAGGCACUUGCAGGAAAAGUGCAUUUAAUAUACAAACUACUUUUACACAACGAGGGAUGUUGCUUUGUAAUAUAAUACUUUGAUGUGCAUUAAUACUGUAAUGUCGUCGUUGCGGUAAUGUCUUGUUUCUACUCGUUAAGUGAGCAUCCACUCAAUGAUGUUUUUUUUCUAAUCUUUGGACUAACGUUUCUACUCAAUUUCUUGUCAGACCCAAAACCAAUCUGUGCAAAAGGAAUGUAUUCCAUAUCCUUGAUAGUCAUCUUAAGGUCUCCAUGUACUAGUAGACUCUUUGUCUUCUCUAGUAAAACCAUUCAGUGCACUAGUGGAGUGACGAAGACCAACUGGUGUUACUAGUGACGGUUUUCUACUAUUGUAUGACAUUUCUACAUAGUAGUAGGACAAUAGUGUUAAUAGGCAAAAGUGUGCACUACUAGUCAACUCCAAAAGGCCAAGAAGCAAUGUGCUUUCGAGUGAAAGUCACGUUCCCCCUUCUCCCUCCCCCCCCCCAAUACACGAAACAUCGCUUCCCUCAACACAAUGUUUUUGUACAGAGUUGCCUUGCUUGCAUGCUGCUUUUCAUUCAACAAUGUAUAUACAUACAAGUUAAUUUAUUGUUCCUGGUGUGUCUAUUUAUAUUAGCAGCCAUGAUUGAUGUUGCCAUUUUGGACAAGCAGUAUUUUGUAGCUUUGUUUGGUUCUGUUUGCGUACGUGUUUGUUCUAAUCCUGCUCUUUUUCAUGUGAACCUAUUUAAAAAAAAUGUGAAUGAUUUUGUUUUUAAGUGUACAUUAGUGAAUGUGCAUGAAGCUAUCGUGGCUGUGGCAUGAGUUGUUGUAGAUGGAUGCAAUUGGGCCCACCAGAGGGAAGAGGAAACUGCUGAAAAGCCUGUGGCACGCCUCCAAGAUGUGUUUCUCUGACACACAGUUUUUUGCUUCACUCGUGACGUUCAAGUGCUUCAUAGUUGAUCACCUUCCCUGUUGUAAUGUUCCCUUGUAGACUAGCUGAAUGUGAUGUUAGAUAGAUGUUCUACAUUGAUAAGAAACCUAAGUUGUGGCUAAAAGUGAUUUUAAAGUAAGAUGAAAAGAUAAAGAAUGUCUCCUUGUAGAUCAUCUUCCUUCAAUUGAGUAGUUUGUAUAUGUUGAGUGUAUAAAUAACACUGUUCUCUCUGAUGUAUUUGUAGUUCUGUACACACUUUGGUGAUUCUGUCAUAUCUGGGUUUUAUAAACCAAUGUUAUUUUUAAAGCUCA